UAUGAUAAUGUAUGUAUAAAUGAUGUACAAUUAAUAUUUUCGAUAUUUUAUUAUAACUUUUAACUUAUUAAUUGUCUUAGUAGUUUGGUUUUAAUAAAAUAAUGAAAUACCAAAAUUAUACAAAACAAAUUUUGAAGUAUUUUAUUUAGUUAUUUGUUUUUUAUUAAUAUUAGACAAAAUGCAAGCAAAUGAAUGUUUUGUUUGUGGAUGUAACAAUUUCACUGUUACUGAUGGUGCAUUUGUAUGCAAUGAAUGUGGUAUACAAUCUCAAACUAUCAGAGAAGAACACGUUGGCAUUCAUGAAAAUGUUCAACUCAACUAUGAAGAUCCUGCAAAUAUAGAUCAUGAAAUAACAACAGGAUCUCAACUAGAAAAAGCUAAAAAACUGUUAUCUUGGGAAUGUUAUAAUUUUAUACUUUUAGGACUUAUUGAUGAAAUUAUUGAACUUGGAGCCAAACCUAGCUUAAAAAUUAUAGUGUUACAAUUAUGGGUUCAAUAUUUGCAAUUCAUUGAAGUUGCAUUUACAUCAAAGAAAUUUAAGAAACUUCCAAAAUUAAAUACAUCAAUAAAUGAUGUGGACUGUCAAAUUUUGUAUGGAGUUAAAAAUCUGAAAAACAAAAUUCUACAAGCAAAAAUUGGAGUAGCAAAAGAAAAGAAAAAGAGGUGCUCCAAUAAAAGAAAAUCACUAUCGUCUAGUAUUAAUUCUAGUAUAACAGACAUUAAUAAACAAAAUAGAUUUAGUCGAAAAUUAAAAAAAUUAGACCACACUACAAGAGAUUCAAAUAACGACUCAGUAGGAUUAUCAGAUGAUAUUAGUUUAUUGCAAAGAAGUAAUAAAUCAAGUAAAAUCAAAAUUAAAUUGACAAAAAAUAUAAAACAAUCUCUAACUUCAGUGUCAUCAAAGACUAACGAUCUUACUAAUGAAGAACCAUUAAAGCUAUUUAAAACUGGUAGAAAACAAUGGAAUAGUUUGAAAAGAAAAGAAAAGAAAAAUGUUUUAUCUAUUAAAAAAUUGAUAUGUAUAUUACAAUUAGCUCUUAUGAUCAAUGAUGAUGAUAUCUACCUAUCCGACAUACUUAGAUGGAUUCAUGAAGGACAUUUGCAUGUAAAUCGUGUUAAUUUAUUUUUACCAGAAAAUUCUAAGCAUGGUGUUAAUUUUAGUGUAAUGGUGCCUAGUUCAUCAAGGAAUUUUAUAAAUGGAGAAUUCCACUUACUAUUGAAGCAUUUUAAAGCUGAUAAACUACCUGAUAUUGAUUUUAAAAAAUUACUGUUGCGUUUUUGUGAUGAACUUCAACUUCCAAAUGAUUUUACUCAUUUUGCUUGCAAACUUAUAUCAAUAUCUCCUCCAAGUACUAAAUGUAAUCAAAUAUUACCUGACAUAGAAGUUAAAGUAAUGACUUACAUACUUUUUGCUGCCAAAUUUUUAUUUUGUCUCGAUGGUAAUGCUGAAAAUUUAUCCUCAGACUUUGCUGAAAAAAUUAACCAAUCAAAUAUAAUUGACAAAAAAUUGUUCAGUUGGAAUAAUUACGUACAAUAUAUUGAAUUUAGAAAUUGUAUUGUAUCUAAAUAUAACUAUGUUCUGCAUGAAAAAUUGUAUAAAAACAAUAUACGCAACACUCAAUUAUUUAUCAAUGAUUGGAAUAUUAUGAAACCAACUUUACCUAUACUAGAAGGUGACAAAAUAUGCAAAAAUUUUAGGGUCAACACUGAAUGUUUACUUCGAUCAUUACCUGAUUUUGGAAUAAAAGAAAAUUAUAGAGAAAUUCCCGCUUCAACUAAACCACUUUCAUCAACUAUUAAAUGGAUAGUUGAAUAUCAUUCAGUAGAAUUAAGCGAUGAAGCAAAAAGGAUACUAGAACAAAAUUUUACUCAUACUGAUAUCUUAUAUCUAACUAAUGAAAAAAGAAUCUAUGAUUUAGCUGAAGAGUGUAAUAUACCUAUAGAAGUCAACUUCAAUAGUCCAUUACAUUAUAUGAAACAAAAAGGUAGAGAUCCGGAUACUGUAGGAACUCUACCAUAUACUGCUCAAACUAAUGUGUAUUUAGUAAAUCAAGAAUUAUAUGAAAAUAAACAGAAUGAAACUACAAAUACUUCAUAUGAAGAGAAACCAAAUACAAUAUUUUUAGGAACUGGUUCAAAUUAUUGGUACAUACACAUUAAUAAACACUUUUUAAGAAAAGCAAACAUUUCUAAACAAAAUAAAGUUUUUAAAAAAAAAUUACCAUACUCAUUUUUAUGGUUCAUGGAUCAGUGCUGUAGGGUUUUAGAUUGUCAUACGUCUGAUUUAUAUAAGCAACUUAUGGAUUUAGAGAAUGAAUUUUUUACAUUAAUUCAACCAAACAAAACAUCUAGCCAAACAGAAUGCGAAGAAAUGAUUUCCAAUAUUACUUUAUAGAUUAUAUAUGGAGUUUGAUAAAUUAAAAAAUUUAUAAAGUAAUUGUAUUAUUUUAAAACUUUGUGUUUCGUGAAUAAAAGAUAUUUAGGUGGUGAUUUAUAUUUCAUUUUAAUACUUGAUCGGCAUAAUAAAAACACUGUUUUCAAUUUAAAUUAAUAGUAAAACAAUCUAUUAUUAUUUCUAUAAUUUAUAGAGUUCCUAGUUAAGCUGUUUGUUGUACAU